AUGAGCGAUGGAUUGCUACGGGUAUUUUGGCCAUACGACCUUCCUCGGUCCUCAGCGCCGGGCGUAAUUGUUGGGUGGCGGAACUCGGAGCUGGACUUGUUUGUGCUGGCCGUGUUGGAGGAUGUUGAGCCUCGAAAUGUCGAUAAUGCCCUCCGCGCCGGUAUCCUCUUCCGCAACAGCCCCCAUCCGGUUCCGCGCAUAUUUGGCCUAUGCGGUCGUUCGGCGAUGCAUGUUUUAGGGUCAACGAACCCUCGGGAUCCGCCGACAGCGUUCAGUGCGUCGCAUUUAGUCGUUACUACUCGGCCGCCGGGGAAGGUGCCUAGGAUAUAUUGCCCGCCGGAGACCGGUCUUUCGAUUCAGGUCAUUAUGUUCCACCGGCCAGAUCCAACGAGGAUGGAGUAUAUGUCGCUGAACCCUAUUUCUCUUGCUUUGGAGGACAAGGUUCUUGCUGCGGACAAGGCGGAUGGGAUAACGGAUAUGAUAGAAACCGGUGAAAGCGCGCAGAAGGCUCGCGCGCAAAAAUUGGUGGAGAAGCUGAGACUGCAUACGGUGGUCAAGCAUGUUGCAUCGCACAAGGAGUUGGCGCUUCCAUUCAUCGUCAACCAGGUCAAUUGCGCAUACGAGAUGGGGAAGCUGAUAGAGAAGAACAGCAGCCUGAUCGGUAUCCGUGUGAAGCGGAGCAUGAGUGUUUCGGAGCGGGUGGUUGAGUCGGCGACGACUGCGCGGGACCUGUUCGUCCUCGGGGUGUCCUUUGUCUUUUGGCAGUGGAUAUGGCCGGUCGUUACUCGGAUAUUUGUGAUAGGGCUGGUUUUUCACCGCGUCAUUGCGGACUUUGUCCUGCAGGUCCUGGAAUGGCGUGCCCGGCCUGAUGCGGCGGCAUUGAAAGAUAUCUCUGCGACAGCGCAGCAAGUGGACAUUCGCUUGCAGCAGUUUUGCUACUGGCCUACGCAGUAUGUUAAGUUGCGGCAGAGGAAGGAUGACUGGGAGAGUGUGACCACCUACCAUGCGCACUACAUUCGGUUCUAUAAUAGUCUGUGGCUUGUUGCCAACGAUGUGAUUAUUGGAAUUGCCAUGGGCUCAUACAUCAUCGAUAAUGCCAACUGGGUAGCUUACCAGAUCAAUCAUGUUCUCAGCGGUUGGACGGUCGAGGGCCUGCAGCGGACGAUCUCCUGGCUGAUGGACUGGCCUGCUGGGUUGAAGUUGAACAAUGAGCUUGCUGCGUUCCUGGGUGAUCUUUUUCUAUGGGUUAUUGAGAACUGGGCAGCAUGCAUUGCAAACCUUCAACCUUACCUCCCUCACAUCAUCUACGUUAUCGGAUGCGCGAGCUUCGCCGGCGCCAGCAUGCCAAUCGCCCUGUUCUCGGACCUCAUUUCCAUUCUAACAGUACAUAUUUACUCGUUCUACAUUGCAUCAGCGCGGAUCUUCAACUGGCAGCUCACGAUCAUCAUCUCACUAUUCCACCUCUUCCGCGGUAAGAAGCGAAACGUCCUCCGCAACCGUAUAGAUUCUUGCGACUACGACCUUGACCAGCUUCUUCUCGGAACUAUCCUAUUUACCGUCCUCUUUUUCCUCUUGCCUACGGUGAUCGUUUUUUACCUCGCGUUCACGUCCGCGCGCAUGUUGAUAAUCUUUCUGAAGGCGGGACUUGACACCUGGCUCGCCUUUCUGAACCACUUUCCGCUUUUCGCGCUGAUGUUGCGCGUUAAGGAUUCGAGGAGGUUACCGGGUGGCAUCCGCUUUGAACUCCGUGCUGAACACGACAACUCGCCUAAUACCCUCGAACCAACGAUACACUACAUCCACCUUGAAUCCAUUCCCUUGACCCUCCGCGCCAUGUUCGACCAAUACUUCCAACUCGGCCACCGCCUGCGAAAACACUACCUCUCACCACAGGUCAUCUUCUGCCUCUUCACCGGCCGCUUUGUGCCUCCCAUCCACCGCCGCAACCUCUACAGUAUGCAAUACAGCAUGCUUCCUGAUGUUCGGCCUUCCCUUGCACAGGUGUGGAGUGAGUUGACCCAGCCGACGAGGAAGUCUGGUGGUAGCUCCUCAGGGUCGAGCUCUGGACAGGGUAGUAAUAGUAUUGGAAUUGGGAUUAUGGGCAUGAAGGUUGGCGGGCAUGGGGAGAGGAGGAGGGGGUAUCGAUGA